AGAGGCAUCUAAGAUGGUGAAGGCGAUUAGAGUCUAUGAGUUUGGUGGCCCCGAGGUGUUGAAAUGGGAGGACGUGGAGAUUGGAGAGCCCAGGGAGGGAGAGAUCCGAGUUAAGCACAAAGCCAUUGGUGUCAACUUCUCAGAUGUUUAUUUCCGUACAGGAACUUACAAAUCCGCACCUUUUCCCUUUACUCCUGGAAGGGAAGCCGCUGGGGUGGUGGUUGCGGUGGCCCCGGGCCUAACAAGCCCAAGAGUAGGGGAUGUGGUGGCUUACGCCGCUGACUUAUUGGGCUCUUAUGCGGAAGAGCACAUUCUCCCUGCAAGUGUCGCUGUGCCCGUUCCAUCCGCCAUUCAUUUUAGCGUCGCUGCAUCUGCUUUGCUCAAGGGCAUGACCGCUCAUGUGCUGCUCCAUCGCGUUUUCAAGGUCGAGCGAGGCCACACAAUUCUAGUCCACGCUGCGGCAGGUGGAGUUGUGUGUCAGUGGGCGAAUGCUUUAGGUGCUACCAUUAUAGGCACAGUUUCUACCGAAGAAAAAGCUGCACAAGCCACAAAAGAUGGAUGCGGCCAUGUAAUUAUAUACACAAAGGAGGACUUUGUUGCAAAAGUCCAGGAGAUUACCUCUGGGAAAGGUGUCAAUGUUGUAUACGAUUCUGUCGGAAAAGAUACUUGCCAGGGAUCUUUAGCCUGCUCGGCGCCCCGAGGGCACUUGGUCUGGUUCGGGCUAGCGUCGGGCGAACCGGAUCCGGUUCAAUUUCGCGAUCUUGCUCCGAAAUCUUUAUUUAUUACUGCUGCGAGCGUCUUCAAUUACACUUCGACUCGAGAGGAGCUGCUCGAGUCAGCUGGUGAGGUCUUCUCUAAUGUCGCAUCCGGGGUUUUGCGAAUUCGGGUCAACCAUACCUACCCUCUCUCUGAAGCUGCUCGAGCUCAUGCGGAUCUCGAGGCACGAAAAACUUCGGGUUCCAUUGUACUAAUACCUGAUAAUUAGAGUUGAAUAUUGCAUUGUGAACCUUAAUAGUUGUUAGAGGGUGUAUUUGCUUAUGUAAUAAGCUUACGUUUGUCAUUUUUCAUAUAGUAAGAAGUUCAAUAGCUUUAUUCUUCAAAUUUUA